AUGCCAGCUGGGAGGACUGAGUACCUGACUCCUGCACCGGUCUCUAUAGCCAUCCUGGGAGAGCUGGUCUUCAUCUCUUCCAAAACAGAUUUCUCUAUCAACAAAAACCCACCCAAGGAUGGCUACAAGGCUCUAUGGGUUAAAUACCCAGAUUCAUUUUGUGCCUGUCUCAUGCAAGUGUGUAACUCUGGCUGGUGGGCUUUCAAUGAGGCCCACAAGAACAUGGACCAGAUUCGGCUCCACACCAUGGCUGUUCCAGACUAUAUGAAGACUGCUGUGAACAUAUUGUUCCAAAGUGAUGAUGAGGUUGUUAAAACCUUCCUCCCUGACCAGCUGGAGAAUAUUUGUGUCAUUGCAGAUGACUGUAUUGAUCUGGCUAAUAAAACAGAAAAGCGGUUCACCAAUGUCAUCAAGAUUAUCCACGAGCUGCUGGAAGCCUGUAUAAAUGCUGAGCACUUUCAUGGAGAAGAGCUGGAGGUAAUCAAGAAGAAGCUAGAAGAGACCAAACUGAGAGAACACACUUCAAAAGAAGCCAAUGAACGUUUGGAGAAGGCAGCAAAGGCCAUGGAGAAGGAACUGCAGGAGGCACGAGAGAACUACUCCAAAGCACUGGACUCCCUGCCUUGUAGUUGGGACAUGAUUGCUAUGAACUUGGGUGGUAGAACAGCUGAUGGAAUCGCCACUAUGCCGAAUGGGAUGACAAGUGUAGUGGUCAAAACAGUUGAUACAGGUCUUGAAAAUCCACAGAUGGACAAUGGUGGAGAUAUAAUUGAUGAAAUAAACAUCUACAGCAAGUCUGCAGAAAUACUAACAUAUACACAGAAUAUUCUAAAGAAUGUGCGGGAGAACAAAAUUGACUGGAAAAGCCUGUAUGAUCAGAAGAACAAAGCUACAAAAACAGAGCUUUUGAAAAAACAGCUCACGACAAUCAACACUAGUAUUGAAACAAUCCCAGAAUGUAAACCGAAAAAGCAGGCCUCAGAGUUAUGCAAUGAGGCCAUUAACAUCUGCAAUGAACUGGCAAAAUAUGCACCAGAUGGGAAGUGCGAAGAAGCCAAAACAGUGGAGCUGAUCAAGAGAAUCUGA